AUGGCAGCCCAGAAAUUACUAUGGCUGAGUACGGUGCUCCUGCGAUUGUGGCUCGGUGCGACGGAUUUGUGCUACGCCCAGUCUACACUGCUGACCUUCCAAGACCUCCUCCCGGACGACCCCCGGCUGUACGACAAGAUGCGGCCGCCGAAGAUCAACGACCAGCCCACCAUCGUCAACUUCCACGUCACCGUCAUGGGGCUGGACUCUAUCGAUGAGAACUCUAUGACGUACGCUGCUGACAUCUUCUUCGCUCAAACAUGGAAAGAUUUUCGCCUUCGACUACCGGAAAAUAUGACAUCCGAAUAUAGACUUCUAGAAGUAGACUGGCUGAAGCACAUGUGGCGUCCAGACUCCUUCUUCAAGAACGCCAAGUCCGUAACGUUCCAGACCAUGACCAUACCGAACCACUACGUGUGGCUGUACAAGGACAAGACAAUACUGUACAUGGUGAAGUUGACGUUGAGACUGUCCUGCGCCAUGAACUUCUUGAUAUACCCUCACGAUACGCAAGAGUGUAAGCUGCAGAUGGAGAGCUUAUCCCACACCACCGACGACCUGAUCUUCCAAUGGGACCCUGACGUCCCCCUGGUGGUGGAUGAGAACAUCGAGCUGCCGCAGUUGGAGCUGGUGCAGAACAGAACCGCUGACUGCACCCAGGUUUACUCCACAGGAAAUUUCACCUGUCUGGAGGUAAUUUUCAAGCUGAAGCGACGGCUCGGCUACCAUCUGUUCAACACCUACAUACCGACGUGUUUAAUAGUCAUUAUGUCGUGGGUGUCCUUCUGGAUCAAACCGGACGCGGCUCCGGCUCGCGUGACGCUGGGCGUGACGUCACUACUCACCCUGUCCACGCAGCAUGCCAAGUCGCAGGCGCAGCUGCCGCCCGUCUCCUACCUUAAGGCAGUAGACGCCUUCAUGUCUGUAUGUACCGUUUUUGUGUUCAUGGCGUUAAUGGAGUACUGCCUCGUAAAUAUAGUCCUCGGAGAUGGUGCCGGGAAGCCAAAGGACGCGGCAGAAGCGGCCCGCGCCAAGUCUCGCGCCAUCAACAUCGACCGGUUCUCGCGCGUGUUCUUCCCGCUGCUGUUCGCCGUCCUCAACGCCACCUACUGGAUUCAGUUCGCGCAGUACAUCUGA